AUGGAUGCAAUAGAAGAUAAGGAGGUCAAACUCCAGCGUGCUUCUGGCGACUUGGUGACGGAAUUUUCAGAGAAACUGCCCUCUCUGCUCUGGAAGCCACGAACGGAGAAAGGAGAUACCCGAGUUCCACGAAGAUGGACACAGGCUGCUAAGACGGAGAGACUCCUAGGCCUUCUGGAGCCUUUUCAAGAAUGGCCUCAGCUAUUGGAUCCACACCUUCAAACGCUGCUGCCACCUCUGGUUGAUGCUUUCUUAGCGUACUUGCUAAAGCACCGCGAUGAUUAUAAGUCAGAUAAGCCACAACAGCAGCGGGCGGUUUAUCCCUUGCCAAGGGCAAUAUGUAGGCUUCUUUACACUUUUUGCAAAGUGCGUGGGGUCAAGGUUAUUAGCAGGUUCUUGAAUAAUGAGCCCAAGUACCUUGACCCUUUACUCAGGGCUUUUAUCGAAUGGGAUACAGUAACCCAAGAUGAUUCCGAAAUCGGCUUGUCAGAGGACAUUCCUCGACGGCUUGUUUGGGAGGAACGCUACGUGAUGUUGAUUUGGCUCUCGCACUUGUUGCUCGCUCCUUUCGACUUGGCGUCUAUGUCAUCAGAUAAUAUUCCUGUGCCAUACGAAAAUCUGGGUCAACUUAGACCAUUACCGGUUGAGGUACCAACAGUCUCGAGGUCUCUUCUUUCAGUAUCGUUGAACUAUGUCAAUGUCUCUGGGAAAGAGCGUGAGGCUGCCACUGUGGUUCUUGCACGUCUUGUACUGCGGCGGGACAUGCAGGCCCUCGGUCUGCUCACUAAUGUGACAGACUGGGCAUUUUCCAUUGUACAACCCGCAGGGAAUUCCGAGCUGCCAUCUGUCUAUACUUGCAUCGGUGUCCUUUCUUUCCUUGCACGCUUAGGUGCUUCAGGUCAGGUUGAGGACUUUGCUCCCUUGAUCGUGCCCGUGUUCGAGAAGACGUUACGAACUGCUCAGGGAAAUUCAGAAAUUUCCCAUAUCAUUCAAUCAUCUGCGUUGGCGCGGAAAAUUAUUAUUAAAAUCCUCCGUACUAUGACAAUUAUGGCGCUGCAGCUUAGCGAAAGAGCGAAUAACACCCUGUCGGAGGAUAAGGUAUCUUCCAUCUUGGAAGAUACCAUUGACCACUUUCUGGUGGCUCUCGCUGAUAAAGAUACGCCCGUACGAUUUGCUGCGAGCAAAGCACUCAGUAUAAUUACAUUGAAGCUAGAUCUGGAUAUGGGUACCGAGGUUAUAGAGGCAGUUACCGGUUCUUUGGAGGAGAACAUACUCUAUGAAAACAGUGAUGGCACCAUCAUAACACCAUUUGAAGCACGCAGGAUUGGAACGGAUAAUACCAAAAGAAACCUGAACGCUGUUGACGCUCAAAGAUGGCAGGGUCUCAUACUAACAUUGGGUCAUUUGCUAUUUCGCCGCGCCCCUCCGACUAACCAACUUCUUAAUAUAUUGCAACCACUCGUUUCUGGACUCGACUUUGAGCAGAGAUCCUCGACUGGAAGCUCUGUCGGCACUGGGGUCCGUGAUGCUUCAUGUUUCGGUAUAUGGGCUCUAUCUCGCAAGUAUACAACUCAGGAGCUGCUCGCAUUGGAUGCACAGACAAUAAGUACCUCUACGAGCCAAAAGGAGUCAAGCAUAUUGCAGAUGUUGGCUACGGAGUUGAUAUGUGCCGCUUGUGUGGACCCAUCGGGUAAUAUUCGGAGAGGUGCUUCUGCUGCUUUGCAGGAGUUAAUUGGUCGUCAUCCUAACACAAUCGUUGAAGGUAUUCCGCUAGUACAGGUCGUGGAUUACCAUGCCGUGGCACGCCGUUCACGAGCAAUGAUUGAUGUUGCAAAAGCUACGGCAGACUUAAGCCGUCAAUACUGGAGUCCUCUUGUUGAGUCAUUGAUGCACUGGAGAGGAAUUGGUUCGCCAGAUGCUGAGUCGAGAAGACAGGCAGCAAAUGCGAUAGGGGUCCUAAGUACCCAUAAAACCUACAAGACGAUGAGGAUUGUCCUUCAGCGACUGCUCAAGAAAAUCUCCAGUCUCCCUCGAGGCGAUGUUGAAACGAGACAUGGGUGUUUCUUGGCCCUCUCAGCCACAGUAAACGCAUUUAACUCCUACCAAGAAUCACCAUUUGAGAACAAAGACCCGUCCGAAGGCUUGGAGGUUACUACGCAAAUACAACAACUCUGGGAUAUUUUUAGUUCCCCGCUUGGCCCCACAAAAGAGGACUUGACGCUCCAAGUUCGACGUCCGGAAUUGACUGCUGAAGCAUCAUCACGUCUGGUAUACUCUCUCUCUAAAGCGGCUUCUUUAACCAAAGAUUCCCAUCCAUCUCAGCCAUCAGUUACCUUGCUUGAUAAAGCUCGAGAAACCCUCUUACUCUGCAUUUCUCGAAGUGAAGACAUUGUGAUAGAAACUUCUUCAGAUGCUAUAUCAGAGUUGUUCCCUCUUCUACCGUCAUCGAAACAAGAGGAGACGAUAAAUGGCUGGUUUUCGUACAUUCAUUCCACUUGGAAGUUACCGACUGGCCGCGGUCAGAUCUCAGUCCUUGGUUCCAUAUUCAAGCAAGUUAGGCCUGAAGACGAUAUAAGGCAGUCAAUCAUAAAGGAACUGCUACAGUGUGCCGGAAAAGAAGAAUUGAUUGAGAAGCGAGUAGUAGCUGUAAGGAGUUUGGCCAAUGGUGUUCUGCCGUAUAUAGAUAUAACGGAUGCUAUCUCAGACCAUCUUAUCGAGUUCUUGAAUGACUAUACGACAGAUAGACGAGGAGAUAUUGGGUCAUUGAUAAGACUGGAGGCAAUUCAAGCUGCCACGAUAGUCCUCCAAAAAGAAUCCGGCUGUGCAACUCGCACCCGCCGAGUCCAGAGCAUCAUCAGUUGUUUAUGUCGACUUGCAGCAGAGAAGCUAGACAGAGUCCGCCUUCAAGCUUGGCUUUGCUUGCAGAGCUUCUGGAAGUCAGCCGGAGAUUUUCCACCCUUACAGAGACAAUAUGAGCAUUUCAGUCACGUAUCCCUGCCAGACUACUUCCUUCAACUCUUUGAGUUGCAAGCCAUCGACUGGCUGCGCCUGCCAUUAUUCCAAGGAAUUGCGACUUCCGCAGUUGCUGGGGCAGAGGGUCUUGUUCGCUCAAGCCGUUCGGCUCUGGUGCAGAGGAUCAAUAAGUAUCAGGCUGAACAGCGGCAAGACAUAGUGACCUCCAUUAUCAAAGAUCUCAUGGUUGCCCUGAGUGAUAACCUACAAGAUGACCGCUACGCUAUCCCAGUACUGGAGUUUUUGGCUUUCUUGCUAGAUAGCUAUAUCAGCUCCAUCCCCCAACUUUCAGAGUCAAGCUAUAGAAAAUUGUUUGUUCUUGUUCAGAAGGCACAUUUCAAAUCGUCCAACAUAGCGAGGUUGGAAGCCGCAAUCAAAGUGUAUGCGCCUUUGUCAAGGCUGGAGCCGCUACGAGCGGAGGUGUUGAAAAAGAUGACCUCAAUGCUUCUGCAUCCUUUUCCACGGGUUCGAAAUGUUGUUGCAGAAUACCUGUUUAUAGAGACUACGCUAGAGUCGGUGAAGACUGGAGACUGGACGAGACAGCCCAAGGAACUCAAGGGCCAGGUCGAGGAUGUGAGGAAAGAUCACAAACAUGGCGUCAAUGACCGCGCCUGCAAGCAGCGUUCCCCCAAACUCCACGUCCGCAACCUCGAAGAACGUGUCAAAGUCGACCAGCUGAAAGAAGCGCUCCAAGAGAUUUUCUCAGAAUAUGGCAACAUCAUCGACAUCGUCGCGAAGACCAAUCUGAAGGCCAAGGGUCAGGCAUUUAUCGUCUUCGAUAGCGUUGAGUCGGCUUCGAAUGCCAUUGAUGAGAUUAAUGGGUUUGAGCUCUUUGAUAAGCCGAUGGUGCUGGAUUUCGCGAAGACGAGGAGCGAUGCGACGGUUUUGAGAGAGGGUGGGGAGGAUGAAUUGGAGAUUCACAAGAGGAGGAGGUUGGCUGAGAAGGAACGCAAACAAGCCCACGAGGCCCUCGAAGCUCAAAAGAAGCUCAAGCGCCCUCCCGGCGCCCCAGAAUCUACGCGUCCUGCCAAAACUGCCAAGGGAGCUGGUCUCAAGCCCACCAGCGGUGCGACGGCGGCUGUCAUUCCCGACGAAUACCUUCCUCCCAACAAGAUUCUGUUCCUGCGGGACCUCCCCGACACGGCAGACCAAGAAAGUCUUACUGCUGUUUUUGGACGCUUCGAGGGAUUCCAGGAAGUCAGAUUGGUGCCGGGCAGAAAGGGGAUUGCGUUCGUCGAGUACGAAAACGAGUCUGGUGCUAUCAGUGCCAAGGAGGCCACCUCGGGGAUGCCUAUGGGGGAGGGUGGCAAGCCGAUCCGGGUUACUUACCAGAGACAAUGAGCUGCACGGAGGCAGUUCGGGCAAUUGUGAGCAACUUGUUCUGGCGUUGGGGUGGGUUUUAUCUGUUUUAUUAUAUUGAUUGCAAUUCGAUACAGAGCUUGAGCUUCCCCUCAUGGGCUUUUAUUCUUCUUUUUCGUGUCUUUUCUCUGUCGAGAUUGACAUUGUAACAAGUGAGAUACAGGAAGAUGAAAAUAGCAAAUGAAUGAUACCAAUGACAGCUACAUGCUAGAAAGUAUACUAGUUACAGGGACAGGGGAAAUGAAAGAAAAGGGGAAUAAAAUUAGAAAAUGACAUCUGCAUCUUCUUGCUCUCCGAGGACAUCAGGGGCGUCAGAUGCUUGUUCCAAUGCCUUUUGGCCCUCUUUCUCUCGGGCGGCUGCCCGGGCUGCCUCAAUCUCGGCGUCUGCAGCUGCAGUAUCGCGCUGCUUCUUACCUGAUACCUUCUUGAGUCGGUAGAACUCUUCUCUGUCAAGUUCGUCGAGUUCGGACAUAAUGU